AUGGCGAUAUACACAGCCCGGAUCCCAAGCGCAUACAUCGCCACCGUCUCAAUCGCACCCAACGACUUCGACGACGGCUUGCGCGAGUUCUCCAAGCACUACCAGAUCAAAUCCGGCUUUGGAAAAGCAGGGAGACCACCCAAGCUGCCCUUUAAACACCAAGCGUUAGCCCUGGUGCUGCACUUCUACACCGCUACAUGUGAACCCAAGACCCUCUGCGAAGUGUUUGGCAUACCUCCGUCCACUCUGUCCGCUACAUUGGCGAAGGCGGAAUUAGCGAUUGCAAAAGCACUGCGCUCCCUCCGUGAUGCUCAAGUCCGAUACCCAAGCAAGCAACUCCAAUGCGAAUGGGCCAUCAAAGUCCGUGCCAGAGAGAGCCUUGUGCGUGGUGUGUGGGUCUUUUUAGAUGGCAAGAACUACAAAGUGCGCAAGCCCUCAUCGGCUGAUCUGCAGAAUGCGAUGUACAUUGGCUGGCUGCACUGCACCUUCGUUACUGGGACCCUGUUCUUCGGUGUCGACGGGACAAUUGUUUGGUGUCACCACAACUUCGUCGGAAGUUGGAAUGAUGGUGACACAAGCCUUCGUUUACAGUUGAAGCUGCGUUACCGAAGGUUUACUGAGGAUGGCCACGGUGUUGUGGCGGAUUUGGCGUUCCCGGUCAGCGAUGGUUUGAUCUGCAAAAUUCGCACACCGCUGAAGGACGGAGACCUCUAG